AUGUCGGAAACAUUCACAAUUCACUACUUCGCAACAGCAUCCCAAUACACAUCCAAAAAUACCGAAUCGCUUCCCGCACCCUUGAAAUUAUCCGCUCUGUUUGGCGAACUCGAGCAGCGAUACCCUGGCAUUGUCCACAAGGUUCUGUCCACUUGUGGUGUCAGUCUGAAUGGGGAGUAUGUUGAUGUCCAGGAGGAUGAGGAGGUUCUCAUCCAGGCUGGGGGAGAGGUGGCUGUUAUCCCGCCUGUGAGUUCGGGGUAG